GGUGACGUCAGGGCUGGAUACUGGGAGAGCCGGAAGUGAUCCGGACGGACUCGUCGCAGGUUCGAAGCUGAGACAGGAGCCGGAAGCGGAGCGCGGAUACCGGGGACACAGCAGCGACUCACCGUUCCCUCUGACCGGAGCCGCAGUCGUCGUGGACGUUGGAGUGACGCAGCCUCUCUGAAGAUGUGGAAGGCCUCAGCAGGACAGACGGUCAGCGUGCCGCUCGAUGAGGGAGGCGAUGACUGGGAGACCGACCCGGACUUUGAGAACGACGUGUCGGAGAAGGAGCAGCGCUGGGGCGCCAAGACGGUGGCCGGCUCGGGACACCAGGAGCACAUCAACAUCCACCAGCUGCGUGAGACGGUGUCCACAGAGCACACCAGCCUGAGGCAGAAGGAGCAGGACAAGGAGCCCAAGGCCUCGCACGGCUACGGGGGGAAGUUCGGAGUGCAGCAGGACCGCAUGGACAAGUCCGCUGUGGGACACGACUACCAGAGCAAGUUGUCCACCCACUGCUCCCAGACGGACACGUCCAAGGGCUUCGGGGGGAAGUUUGGAGUUCUGGACGACCGCGUGGACAAGUCGGCGGUCGGGUUCGAGUACGCCGGGAAGACGGAGAAACACGCCUCGCAGACAGACUACUCCACUGGGUUCGGGGGGCGAUACGGCGUGCAGGCGGAUCGGGUCGACCAGAGCGCCAUGGGCUUCGAUUACCAGGGAAAGACCGAGAAGCACGAGUCCCAGAAAGACUACACGAAAGGCUUCGGAGGAAAGUUUGGCAUCGAGACCGACAAGGUGGACAAAAGCGCCAUGGGCUUCGAGUACCAGGGCAAAACGGAGAAGCACGAGUCACAGAAAGACUAUGUGAAGGGCUUUGGGGGGAAGUUUGGUGUCCAGACCGACCGACAGGAUAAAUCCGCUCUGGGAUGGGACCAUCAGGAGAAACUGCAGCUCCACGAGUCUCAGAAAGACUAUAAGCGUGGGUUUGGAGGGCACUAUGGGGUAGAGGAGAGGCGGGACCAGUGUGCCCUCGGCUAUGAGCACAAGGAGAGCCUGCCCCCCCACGAGCAACAGAAAGUCACCUUCACUCGUCUCCUGUCCACAGAUUACUCCAAAGGCUUUGGAGGGAAGUUUGGAGUCCAGAACGACCGCAUGGACAAGAGCGCGGGGACGUUUGAGGACGUGGACAAGCCGACAUCAUCUUAUCAGAAAACCAAACCUGUGGAGGCCGUCGGCAGCGGCACAGGAAGCAUCAAGGCUCGCUUCGAGAACAUCGCCAAGCAGAAGGAGGAGGAGGACAGGAAGAGGACGGAGGAGGAGCGAGCGCGUCGGCAGGCCAAGGAGAAGCAGGAGCAGGAGGAGGCGCGCCGUAAAAUCCAAGAGACGCCCAAAGCUCCGUCUCCUGCUCCUGCUGCGAGUCCCAGCCCCGCCCCCAGCCCCACCCCACCCGUCCAGCGCAACCCCACCCCCAGCCCCACCCCACCCGUCCAGCCCGCUGCAGCACCGGCACCAUACGUGGUGGAAGCAGCUGAGGAGCACGGAGAGCAGCUGUACGAGGCCGAGCCGCAGAGUCAGCCCGACCAGCAGGAGGAGCUGUACCUGACUCCUGAGGAUGCCAAGGCCACAGACACGCAGCAGGACGAGUACAGCGAGGACGUCGGGCUGACGGCGGUCGCUCUGUACGAUUACCAAGCAGCCGGAGAGGACGAGAUCUCCUUCGACCCGGACGACAUCAUCACCAACAUCGAGAUGAUCGACGAGGGCUGGUGGAGGGGCGUGUGCAGAGGCUCCUACGGCCUGUUCCCGGCCAACUACGUGGAGGUCCGGCAAUGAUGACCCCUCCCCCCCCCCCCCCCACGAGAGGACCCGCCUCCUCCUGCAGGAGAAGAGGAAGGAGACCAUUUAAAAUCCCUGUUGUUUUUAUUCCUUUUCACACUUUCCUCUGUUCACAUCAUCUGAUGCUUCAACGCUGCCUGAGACGUCCUCAGGUCUCCUGUCCGCCUUCCUUUACCCCCCCCACCUCUGGCCCAUGUUCAGUCCAUGUCGCUCUGUGCAGCAGCAGACGAGGAGGAAGAGUCGUGUUCCACUGACACUAAGAGAAUCUAUAGAAAGAAGCUUUGCUCUGCUCUGCUGCUCUGGAGAAGCUUCUCAGCCACGAGCUGCAUGUGUAGGUCGAAGGUUCUUCUCCUUCUCAAGGUUCUGAUCAGGUGUUGAAGAUUCUUCACGUAAAGCCAAGUUCACACUACAUGAUCUUAAAGCCGUCAGAUUCCCUGUCGGUUUGCUCAUGGGCUCUGGUCGAGUUAAUUGAGCCUGAGCUGCUCGCUCUCAUCUUCACAACAGCUUCACCUCCUCCACGAUCAGUCGGACCCUCUGUGUCUCUUCUCCUCUGUGUUGUGUCCCCCCCCCCCCCGUCAGUCAGCCGUGUCGUGUGAACUCAGACCAACAGCAGGUCGUAGUGUGAGCUGCUCUGUGAUGGGUUUGAAAGUCAUGUAGUGUGAACUCUGCUUUAACGUCGUGUGCGUCUUCAGUAGCUCGAGCUUUAAGGUCAGCAGGAGCAGUCUCAUGUGGACUAGACCUCCACUCUGGAUUAUUCUGUAUAUUGAUGCUUUAUUGUGUCCGGUGCAUUGACUGUGGACCAAACCACCGCUGACUCCUCGUGGUCGGUCUGAGAACCAGUUGCUGGUUUGCACAGGAGUUUAAAUUCCAGGUUGAAGCUGCACUAGUUGAUUUAUUGAGCUUCCUGUCGAGUGAAUCAGUUUGAUUACGUGUGAUCAAUAACGAGGCUUCCUCCUUUACUGACGCUUCAGGGGCCCAACUGUCCAAUGACAAGAGAAACAGAAACACUAUAGUUCAUAGUAUUAUUUGAAUCCUCUUCAUACAUUCUACAGGUUAAUUACCGAUGUUUAGAAUCAUGUACAGAGGUGAAGAGUUGUGAUGUGUAUUUGUGGAUGCUCCUGUUUUUGUGUAUGAUUUUCGAUGAGGAGUGAUGACGACUGACCUCAAUAUGACCAACCUGCAGAGAACAUCAGUCAGGGAAGAGGCCUUCAGCGAGUUCUCCAAACACUAAUUAUUUCUGACAGACGACUGGUCUGCAGAUGGCAGGAGUGUAGCUUAGACAGGUGUGUGUGUGGGAGAGAGAGAGAGAACUUUCAUUGAAUUCAUCUUUUGGGGUUUAAUAAUAAAAAGUGACCUUUUUCAAAUGCAUUAUUUUUAUCUGUACCUCUGUUUGCUUGAGUCACUUCAUUACCUGCUUGUUCUUUUUUUUUAGUUUCAAUAAAUAAACUAUCAAUGAUUAAA